AUGGAAGCCUCGAAAAUAGCAGAUUGUCAUCCCGCGACUGCUAUAGAAACAUUUAAACUUGCGAUGAUUCAGGGGACAAAGUUUCACACUUCCUUGGUCAAAUAUUCUCCUCCCGACAUGCAGACUCUCAAUGCCAAGGCCCAGAUCUACAUUCGGCUCGAGGAAAAUAUAGCCCACCGAGUGCAGCACGCCACCCUCGUGACAGUGGAGAACAAGCCUCGAGAAAGAAUUCUAAAUUCAAAGAUUCAGAAAAGCCAACGUGCCUCAACGCCAAUCACCCAGGCACCUGAGAAGAGGCAAAGGGUAGAGGAAGGGUUUACACCUCUCCGAACUACCUUGGCUCGGCUUUUCCAAAAGAAUAAGAUGAAGUUCACAACCCCGCAGCCAAUAAAGCAACCCCUGGAGCAAAGGGACAAAAGCAAGCAUUGCACUUAUCAUCGAGAUUAUGGGCAUUCAACCAAUAAUUGCAGAUCCCUUAGGCGACAGGUGGAAAAUAUGAUAGCCAGAGGUGAGUUGGCGGACUACCUCAUGACAAAGGAGUAUGCAAAGCCCCGCGAGGUCUAUCCUCGCAAGGUAGAAGGUACACAUGUAAAGGUUAUUCAUGCAAUACAUGGCAGGUCUGAAGAUGAUCAAGAGUCUGAGGGGGUAUACAGAUCCAGAUUGAGGGCAGCCCACAAGCUCAGGAAGAUAUCCUCGGUCAAUGUUAUCGCUUCAGGUAGCAUCAGUAUUGGAUUCGGAGAUGACGACCUAUCCAGAGUUCAACUCCCCCAUGAGGAUCCAUUGGUCAUCAGUCUUUCAGUGGCCAAUUGUAUGAUCAAGAGGGUUUUGGUAAACCCAGGAAGUAGUGCCAACAUCAUCACAAAGACGAUUUUUAAGCAACUAGAAAUCCUAUCAUCAUCUAUUCGACCUACCUCCAACCCAUUGAUGGGAUUCGAUGGCACAAUAGUAGAUCCCCUUGGAGUAAUAGACUUGUCCGUAACUGCGGUGAAGAGGGCUCUGAAGGAGAACUUUGUUUUAACAGAGAUCCAUCCUUCUUAUAAUCUCAUCAUGGGAAGAGGCUGGAUACACCGGAUGAGAAGAGUUCCAUCUACCCUUCACCAGGUGAUGCUGUGCUUAUCUCCUGAUGGAAAAGAAGUGAUUAAUCUAUGGGGCGAUCAAGUCGCUGCGAAGGAAUGCUAUAUGUUGACACAGGCUGAAGCAAAGAAGGUGUCUACUCAGCAGCAACCAGGUAUGGCUUCCAAAAAUAUAACCAAAUAG